GUGAAGUGGUGUGGUGAGUCACGUGAUAACACUGGGGGUGGUGACUUGGUGGUGUUGAGAUAGGGAGGAUGACACCUGGCUGACACUCCCGCCGCUGCUGCCUUCGUGACCACUUCAACUCACUGCAACAAAAGCCACCAUCAUGUCAGGUUACGGACAGUACCCGCCCGGCCAGUACCCACCAGGCCAGUACCCACAAGGCCAGUACCCGGCCGGACAGUACCCACCUGGCCAGUACCCGCCUCCUCAGUACUACCCGCCUCAAGGGCCGAACGUGGAGGUUGUGGUGAAGGAGAAGCCCGCCCAUGCCCCCGUGGUGAAGGAAAAGGUGGUCGUCAAGGAAGGGCCUAACGUGGAGGUGAUAGUGAAGGAGAAGCGUCAGGCGCCUCCUCCUCCCACAGUGGUCGUGAAGGAGAAGGUGGUCGUUGAGGAGCGUCGAGGGCCAGGGGCGGGAAUGCUUGGUGCCGCAGCUCUGGGUGUCGGAUUAGGACUCGCGGCGGAGGCGGCUCUGGAGGGCAACCACCAUCACCACCACGGCCAUCACCACGGUCACCACCACGGUCACCACCACGGUCACCACCACCACCACCACGGUCACCACCACCAUCACUAAAAAGAAGAGCACUUUAUCUUCCUAACACCAACACUGAGGAAAGGACGAUUUACCUUGCUCCCACACCCACAAGAAACACCACAGCCAUCACCACCACUAAAGGAAGGACUUGUUAUCACCAUCACCACCACCGUCUAUCACCAGCACCAAGAAGUUUAUCCUGUUAUCCACAACCACACACACGUGACCCACACCAAACACAACACUGUUUAAAGGGCGGUAAUAACAACAGCGAUAACAGAUAUUAAUAAGGCAUAAUUCGAGAUAACAACAGGUAACUCACACCACGUCACCUUAAUUAGAAGUAAGAGCAGGUAGAAAGUAGGGUAAUUCAAGAGGUACCCUGUCACACCCUGUCACACCCUACCACACCCAUCCAGCCACACUUGGUCACCCUGCACGCCCUGGCACUCGCGGACCUGACCCUCAGCACCCACGCCCUUAGCUGUUCUCGUCCACAUGACUCCAGUGACUGUGUGUGCUGGACCACGGGGAGGGAUUAAGACCACCUGCCGCCACCCUGAACGAGGACGCCACAAGAGGCAAGAUGACGCCGCGCCCUUAAUUACUGGAUUUACUCUGACGACAUGUAAUUAAUGACUUUUGCUCUCUCUCUCUCUCUCUCUCUCUCUCUCUCUCUCUCUCUCUCUCUCUCUCUCUCUCUCUCUCUCUCGUGAUGUGAUCCCCACUAAUGCUGAUUAAAUACAACGAUAUCUCUCUCUUUCUC